CGCCCGCCCGAGAGCCGGGUGCCGCCGCCACCGUCGCCGUCGCGGUCGCCGCGCUCUGCCUGCCUGCCGGCCCGCUCGCUCGCUUCCUCUCGCUGGGGGGGAAAGGUCAUCAGCGUCCUGGAGCCACCGUGUCACUCCCCGACAGCCAUGAACUGCAGCGAGAGCCAGCGGCUGCGAACCCUCCUGAGCCGCCUGCUGCUCGAGCUGCACCAUCGGGGCAACGCCAGCGGCCUGGGCGCCGGCGCCGGCCCGAGUAUGGGCAUGGGGGUCGUGCCUGACCCCUUCGUGGGCCGCGAGGUGACCAGCGCCAAGGGCGACGACGCCUAUCUCUAUAUCCUGCUCAUCAUGAUCUUCUACGCCUGCCUGGCCGGAGGCCUCAUCCUGGCCUACACCCGCUCCCGCAAGCUCGUCGAGGCCAAGGACGAGCCACCCCAGGCCCGCGCCGAGCACGAAUGGGCCCCGGGAGGCGCCCCGGCCGCCGACGCUGAGACUGCCGCGGGCUCUCCGGCCGAGGGCCGCCGCCAGCUCGCCCCCGGGGGGCUCCCUGUCCUCACCCAGGGCACCGAGCGGGUCUAGAACCACAGCCCCUGCUUGCUCUCGCGUCCUCCUCUUCUCGCUUAGCCCUGGGCGCAGCUCCCGCCCUUUCCUCCCCUUCCAGGGUUCGCCUCACCUAAGGCCCAGACAAUGAGGAGAGGCCAGGAGACCUUGUCUGGAAGCCCCUGGAAGGAGAAGCAUCACCCUACCCACUCCUGGCCACUUUCUCCCUCCUCACCCCCACCCCGCACAUCCAACUGCACUAAACUGCCUCUGCUCUCUUGUCUUCAGACAGCCCUGACACUAUGCUCCAGACCUCUGGGAACUGAAUCCAACACGUCCAACACUUGGCAUUGAACUGAAGCAAUGAAGUCUAUCAGAACUCUGGGCCGUCUAACUGGCAGCUGCCCCAGGGGCUGCCAGGGACCUCUCACUCUGCAGAGCCAGCGGGCUUUGCCAUCACUGCCAGGCCGGCUGCAGCAGCUCCAGCUUCCCGUUGCCUUAGGGACAGAGACAAAGAAAACGAAGAGACCUCAGACAUCUUUUCCCUCCCUCUCUCUUUCAGCAGGGAGCUAGCAGGACACUAGGUCCAGUCUGUGGGAUAGAAUGGAUUUAAUGGGGACUGAAGGGGGGCGGGGAGGCUCAGCAGGGGGAAGAUCUAUGAACCCAACUGUAUGGUUUUCUUGUCUCCUCAGUUGUCAUCCCAAAGGUAACUUGCCUGAUUUUUUUUAGUAGCUUUGCCAUCUUCUUCUGUGGGUAAACAUUACUGGGUGUAUCACCCCAAUACUUCCAAAUGCCUCUUCUAAACUGAUUCAGUUGUUAUCACAGUGUCUGCUCCAUCCAUGGAGCAUGAGGCUCCGAUGUCCCCUGCUCUGUAACCCUGGGAAUGUCAGAGGCAGGUAAUAAAGGUUGUUUAAACAAUAA